AUGGCAGCCGCAAAGAGAAAAGACCGUGACGAGGGAGGCAGCCCACCCUCCAGCGAAGAGGGAAAGAAGCUCAAGAUGGAAGAUGAGGACCCGAGCCCACCAACACUCCAGUCCAUGCCGGGCAAGAUGGAGGGCCCCGACGAUACCUUCAUUGUAGGCCUGUUUAGCCCGCUCUUCUACGACAUCCUAAGUUUCUCCAUCAACUUCUUUCAGGGUGCCCCCUAUGUUCUUCCUCGCAAGAAUGAGCAGAAGGAGUUCGUGCAGACCUUGGCCGGCAGCGACGCCAAGCUGUACCUGGCAAGCAGACACACAGGAGCGAAGGAGAAGAUCGUACAGGCCAUGAUCUGGAACAAGCUGGUCGAGUCGCUGCUCAGUGUGCCUCUGAAGGCAUUCAUCCAAUUCCCAGAGGCAACAAUGAAGAUGUUCAUAACUGAUGCCCCCGGAUUCUACAUGUGGCGCACCAUGACAGCCCAACUCAUGCAGAAGAGCUACAAGGGACCUCUCUCGUGGGGCAAGGAUGGCCCCCGACGCAAGGAUUUCGUCGAUGAGACUACCGACCUGCUUUCCAACCUUUCUGUCGUCAACAACCAGGAAGCAUUGAGAGAAAGACUUGAAGACAUUGCGCAAAAGGCCUAUGACCUUGCCACAGCUAUGGCUCGCAGCGGGGCCUACUGGGUUUGCACAAUGAAGGAUCCCGACGUCGCCAAGCUGCACGGAUUCCAAAUCAAGACGAGCCGCAUGGAGGACAUGGAAUUGUGGGACGAUGAAGAGGCGACCAAGAAGGUUGAUCUUGUGGUAGCUCCGAUGCUUCUGAAGUAUGGGAACAGCAGCGGCCAGAACUUCGACAAAUGUCAGGUGGUUGAGAAGGCGAAGGUGGUCAUGAAGCCCAAGAAAGACAGCCACUGA